AUGGCGAGUUCCAUGACACCCCUCUCCCCUGCAACCAUUUACGUUCUGUUCGUCAUUGCUUUGGUUGCUCUGCAAGGAGCCCCGCUACGCGCCGGUGCAGCAGAUACGUUGUCCGUCGACCAGCCGUUGUCCGUCAGCCAGGAGCCGCUUGUCUCCAAGAGUGGCAAGUUCGCGUUGGGAUUUUUCCAGCCAGAUAACUCAACGUAUUGGUACAUAGGCAUAUGGUACAACAAAAUUUCAAAGAAAACACCAGUCUGGGUUGCAAACAGGGACUCUCCGAUCUCUAGUCCACAGUCGUCACGGCUGACCAUAUCAAGCGAUGGCAACAUGGUCAUAGCCAACAAUUCAAGAUCGGCAAUCUGGUCUACCAACAUAAGCAACAUCGCCUCAGGCCAAACGGUUGGCGUCAUCCUUGACACUGGCAACCUUGUCCUGGCACUCGCGUCAAAUACCUCCGUCGUGCUGUGGCAGAGCUUCGACCACUUAGGCGACACAUGGCUCCCUGGCGGAAAGCUUGGCCGGGGCAAGCUCACCGACGGGAGCACACGUCUAGUGGCAUGGAAGACUUACAAUGAUCCAGCUCCAGGGCCGUUCUCCAUUGUAUUGGACCCAAAUGGCACGAGCCAAUACUUGCUCAUGUGGAAUAGUACCCAGCAGUACUGGACCACUGGCAACUGGACCGGAAGAAGCUUCACAGCCGUGCCGGAGAUGAUAUCCAGCGACGCCUAUGCCCACUCGCUGUAUCGAUUCGACUACGUCAAUGGCGCCAACGGGAGCUACUUCACCUAUGAGAUCACAGACGACUCAAUUCUGAUGCGGUUUCAGGUGGACGUGACAGGGCAGAUUAGGUUCACGACGUGGGUGGAGUCCGCCGGCGAGUGGACACUCUUCUGGUCACAGCCCAAGGCGCAGUGCGACGUCUACUCUCUUUGCGGACCCUUCAGUGUGUGCGUCGAUAACUCGCAGCCGUCAUGCAGGUGUCUCCGCGGCUUCCGGGAGCGGCGGCUGCAAGCGUGGCUGGAAGGAGAUCACACGGAAGGUUGUUCCAGGAACACGGCGCUGCAGCAAUGCGGCCUCCAAGGCGGAACGCAGAAGGGGAAGAAAGACAGGUUCUACGUGAUGCCAAACGUGAAGCUGCCAAGCGAUGGGCAGGAUGUGGUGGCUGCACAAAAUGCUCGCGACUGCGAGCUCGUGUGUCUCGGGAACUGCUCAUGCACCGCUUACUCUUACAACGGCAGCUGCUGGCUCUGGCACGACGGCCUCAUCAACCUUCGAGACAUGAGCAGCAUUGGUAAUGGAGACGGCACCAUUCUGAUCCGCCUGGCUGCAUCUGAGUUCACUAGCACCGGGAACAAGAAGAAACUGAUAGUUGGUGUUGUCGCCGCCGCGGUUGUGGCUGCGAUCACUGUUAUUGCGCUCGUAGCGGUGUUCAUUCUGAGAAGCAGAAGGGUGAAGGCCCUUCGGAGGGUCGAAGGUUCCGUGAUGGCAUUCACAUACCGCGACAUGCAGUCUAUGACCAAAAAGUUUUCCGAGAAGCUCGGCGGUGGCGGCUUCGGGUCGGUGUUCAAAGGUUCACUCCCGGACGCUACGGGGACGCUCGUUGCCGUGAAGAAACUCGAGGGCGUCCGUCAGGGCGAGAAGCAGUUCCGCGCGGAGGUCAGCACCAUUGGCACGAUCCAACACGUCAACCUCAUCCGGCUCCUGGGGUUCUGCUCCGAGGGGGCACGGAGGCUGCUCGUCUACGAGCACAUGCCCAACGGCUCCUUGGACAGGCACCUCUUCGGGUCUAGCUCCGGCCAUGGCGUCGUCCUGAGCUGGGAGACGAGGUACCAGAUCGCUCUGGGGAUCGCGAGGGGAUUGCACUAUUUGCACGAGAAAUGCAGAGACUGCAUCAUACACUGUGACAUUAAGCCCGAGAACAUCCUCCUGGACAACAAGCUCGUCGCGAAGGUGGCGGACUUUGGUCUCGCGAAGCUCAUGGGCCGCGACUUCAGCCGUGUGCUGACGACGAUGAGGGGCACGGUCGGGUACCUCGCGCCGGAGUGGAUAACCGGCACGGCCAUCACCUCCAAGGCGGACGUUUACAGCUACGGCAUGAUGCUUUUCGAGAUCGUGUCGGGCAGGAGGAACGCGAGGCGGCGACAGGACAGCACGGUGGAUUUCUUUCCGUUGUUGGCCGCGAGGAUGCUAGCUGAAGGCGAAUUGGACGGCAUCGUGGACAUCCGGCUAGGCACCGAUGUGGACUUGGCUGAGGUGGAGAGGGUCUGCAAGGUGGCGUGCUGGUGCAUCCAAGACGACGAGAGCGCUAGGCCAUCCAUGGCGAUGGUCGUACAGGUUCUGGAACGGCUGGUUGAGGUCAGUGUCCAGCCGGUUCCGAGAUCGCUCAAACUCCUAACAGACCAAGGGAAUGAUGCGGAAUUAUUUUCGGAGAUGCCACCCGAAUAAGACCUGGGUUCAGGCGCGAGACCUUGGAGUAUACGAUGUA